GGAGAGGGACCGCCAGUCAGACUUGUACUUCGUUCUCUUAAUCCGAGCUCGCCCACUUUGGAGAGGAGUCCCAAUCCCUUUCUCGGAGUGGGCGAGGCUUAGCCCAGACCGUCUGGGAACCGGGCGGUAAGGGAUCUCAAGAAUAAGGCCAACAAACACGUUGCAUCCGCGAAGAAACGCUGCAAUGGCGGCCCGUUGCUGUGGGUGAAAGUCGUUCAGUCCCAGUCUGUCCGAAGCAGUAUUGAAGGCUCCAACGAAUUCUGCAGAUGACCCACUGGCAGCAUCCUCAUUUCCACGCCUACUUUCCCGGUGGCAACUCCUACCCCUCGAUGCUGGGCGAGUUACUCACAGCCGGUCUUGGCAGCAUCAGUUUUACCUGGAUCGCAAGUCCCGUAAUGACGGAGUUGGAGACGGUUAUGAUUGAUUGGGUAGGACGCAUGAUGGAUCUACCAAAGGAACUGCUGCCGUACACCGAGGGGGGUACAGGGGGAGGGGUCAUCCAGGGCUCCUCCAGCGAGUGUACCCUUGUGUGUAUGUUUGCGGCCAGAACCAAAACCAUCACUGCCUUGAAGGAGACCCACCCAGGGGAAGAUGACUGCAUCCUGCUGUCCAAGCUGGUGGCCUAUUUCUCGGAAGAGGCUCAUUCGUCGGUGGAGAAGGCGGCCAAUAUUUCCUUCGUCAAGAGACGCAUUUUGCCGACCGACGAUAAGUUUUCGCUCCGCGGAGAGACUCUGCGUGAAGCCGUGGAGAAGGAUAUAGCAAGCGGAAUGGUUCCGUUCUUUGUUUGUGCGACCAUGGGAACAACAGGCAGUGCAGCCGUGGACAACAUUGAGGAGAUCGGGCAAGUCUGCGCAGAGAAGGACCUAUGGCUUCACGUGGACGGCGCGUACGCCGGUAACGCACUCAUCUGCCCGGAGUACAGAUAUCUACUCAAAGGAUUCCAGAAUGUGAUGUCAUUCAACUACAACCCUAUCAAGUGGAUGCACGUCGGCCUGGACUGCUCGGUCAUGUGGGUGAGGAACAAGUACUACUUAGUAGACGCACUCUCCAUCAACCGCAUCUACUACAUGGAGGACGAACAAGAGAAACACUUGCUGGACUACCGGAACUGGACCGUUCCCCUGAGCAGGCGAUUCCGAUCACUGAAACUGUGGUGCGUUAUCAGAACGUAUGGCGUGGAAGGACUGCAGGAGUACAUACGAUCGCACGUGGCGUUGGCCAAGAUGUUGGAGUCUUGGGUGCGUGCGGACGACAGGUUCGAGGUUGUCGGCACUGUGGAGUUCGGCCUGGUGUGCUUCAGGCUCAAGGGGGAGAACAACUUGACGGAAUUCCUCCUCCAACGAAUCAACCAGUCCGGCAAGGCCCACAUGGUUCCCGCCUCCCUCAAAGGGAAAUACGUCAUCCGUUUCACCCCCGCAAACUGGUACUACUCCGAGGAGUUCACCAAGAAAACCUGGGACAUCAUUACCGACUUCGCCGAGGUGGUGCUCCGAAAACACCGAGAAGCCACCCAGCGUUUCCAGAAGCUGCUGGCCAAGUACAAGGACCACGCCCGGGCCAGGCACGAGUCCGCCUCCGGCGGGGACGUCUUCGAGGAAGAGGAGGAUCAUUCUUGGAACGGGGUCCUCCGCAAGUUGGGGUACCGAACCAAGCUCUCUGACUCCUGCGGGGCACCGGCUAGGCGACAGUCUUCCCUUGAAGAAGUCCCGGAAGAUUCUACUCUGGAUGAUGUUCAACAGAAUGAAGCAGGAUCUUCAAGUUAUCGUAUAAAGCGGGCCCUCAGAAGUGAGAGUUCCUUCCGGUCACUGAGCCUUUAUGGCGACGAGUCGACCAGGCCGGUCAAGCAACCCAGCGAAACGCUCUUUUCGUAGAUUUUUUUCGGGGUUGUUGUUGACAAAUUACCCGAUUAGCUACUCCCUUUUUCUAGCAUGAGUGUCAUAUUAAUCAUACAACGUAAAGUUUUCUAGGUGUUGGACAUACUUCUUUCUAGUGUUAUACAUCAAUAACGAUAAAACAGUAAUAUUACUUUUAUAACGAUUAAUGUUUUUGCGUAUUGCACUCGUUCUUUAUUAUGUGAUUUUUUUUUAUUGGUUGGUACGAACUUAUAAGUAUGUGUCGCUACAUGCGAAUGCGACUCCAGCUGCUUCAACUGCUAUCGGUACAAAUAUGUUUUAAUUUGAUCACUGAUUGAAACCUAAGCAAGCUCGUGUUAUUCAUAAGAUAACAUUUACGUCGGCGUGAUGUAUAUUCAAUAUUGGGUUUUUGGCCUUGUGUAUACUCAGUGUUGCCCCCGAGUAGUUGUGAGAAUAAAGUCACUUGGGUGGGACUCGAACCCACGACCUCCUGCUUACUAGCGCAGACGUCUAACCACUCGACCACCGAGCUUGCCGGGGUUGGCUGGCUGGUUGGAAUCAGAUAUAGCAGUGGGUACCGCAAUGAAACUUUUCAUACCAUGGAAUUUGCGUCGGGGUGAUGUACAUGUACGUUAAAGGGAUAAGUGUUGUACUUUUAUGCGUGAUAACAUCGCAUUAAUUUAACAUAUAUAGUAGAUGUCAUCUAAUAAUUGUUAUUACCUCCGCAAGGAGGUUAUGUUUUCAUCUGAUUCGGUUACUAGUUUGUUGGUUGUUUGGUUGUUUGGUUGGUUGGUUGAUCUGUCUGUAAAAAAUAAUAUACUCAGAAAGUUAUGGACGGAUUUGCAUGAAAAAAAGGUAGGGGUGGUCCUUGGUACAAAUACAAAUUGAUUAGAUUUUGGAAGUGAUCCGGACCUGGGUCUGGACCCAGGAUUUGUUAUUAUUAAUUCUUCACCAUUUAUGCGAGUAUUUCUCUUGGGUGUACUGACAAUAUAUGGCGGGGAACUGUUUAGCCUUGGCGGAGGUUUGCGCUAUCUGAGAGCUUUCUAUAGUUUCCUUAUAUAAAGACUAGUGUAUUCAUACCGUA